AUGCUCACAGUUCAAAGACCCGCGGCACGGUCCAGAGGAGCUCUCCUGAACCUGCUCUCUGCUGGGGCUACUCCCGGAGGCUCGAUCUCUGCUCGCACACAUGCCGUGUGCCCUUAUUGUCCCCCCUCAGCCGUCAUCAAGCGUCAUGCAAAUCUGCCUCUGUGCAGUUCGCCCCACUAUUCAGCUUUCUCAACCACAGCCUCGCAAAGCGACGAGCAGAGAUCUCCAAAUACGGGCGGCAGACUGGGCGCUGAUGUCUCCAGCUCGGGCGUCAAUAUGGGCAUAGGCAUUGGCAGCAGCGCUCCUCCAGGCGGGUUUGUCAGCAAGAAAAGGCAGCCCAUCCCCGCUCGUCCGACAGAGAGGCCCAAGGAAGAAAGCUCGCCCGCUCCAUCAAGCCAAAGACCGCCUUUCUCGAGAGAGCGGUCGGCGUCUCAACCCCGAGCACCGCAUCAAUCUAGUGGCGGCCAGCAAGGGCAGCAAAGGCGACCGCGCGAAGUGGGUCGUAGCGAUCAGAGAUGGAAUGGUCAGCCGAGGGGCAGCUCGUCAAGUCAAGGUCAAGCCGCUGUCAAUGUUGACGGGGUGACGCCGGGCAAACGCCUACCUCCUCAUCUACAACCGCGUAGAAGCCACGGCUCAGAGUUUGGAGACAGAAGUCGGGGUCCACGAGAACACUCAGACCAGCGCUACCAGCGGUCGUCUCGGACAGAUGCAGGGCGAGUUCGACCGGAUCUUGAUCGAAGCAGGCCGCCGGCCGGGCCAAGGCUCGGUAGCAGCCCACAAUAUGGCAUGGAGAAUGCGCAAACGCGACGAAGGGACCAGGGCGCCAACAGCGCGAGGGAGAGAGAAUACGACAAUAGCACUGCGGAGCGGGACCAUCGUGAUUUGGAUGGAAGUUUGGUCGGGACUGCAGAGGCAGAUGAGGGCCAGACCCUAGAGAAUGCUGAACUAUCCAUCGGAAGUCAAGCGCAGGGGAGAAUCGCUGCGCGAAUGGCGGAGCAACAGCGCAAAUCAGGAUCGGACCGCUCCCCUUCAUACAAAUUGCGAAGAGAGCGCGAAGAGCUGGAGCGAGAGCAGCAGCAACAAUUGAAGGAUUUGGAGGCGCGGGCCCAAAUGCGAGCCGGCAAAGCCGACAAACGAGUCGUCUCGGCUGAGCCGAUCCGCACGGAGCUUGGCCUGCCUGCAUUCAUGACUGUUUCGAGCUUGGCAAAAGCGAUUGGCACAAGGAUGCGACUUUUGCAAAACAACAUGACCGCUGCCGGGUAUGAAGACACCAGGCCGGACCUGCUCUUGCCUUUCGAUGACGCUGCCCUGCUCGUCUCAGAGUAUGGCUUGACGGCAGUGCCACUGAACUCCCAGUCGGACGCCUUUGACAUCUACCCAUCACCGCCAUUGCCAGAAGAUCAGCGAGCUCAGACACCUCUCAGACCUCCCGUCGUCACUAUCAUGGGACACGUCGAUCACGGAAAGACGACGUUACUAGACAAGCUGCGAAGCGCGAGCGUGGCUGCUGGCGAGGCUGGCGGCAUCACGCAGCACAUUGGCGCAUUCAGCGUGCCCGUAAGCCAACGUCAAGGGUCGAGCAGCAGCGGUGGUGUCGAUACAGUCACUUUUCUGGACACACCCGGACAUGCUGCAUUCUCGGCCAUGAGGGGCAGAGGCGCAGCAGUCACCGACAUUGUCGUGCUUGUGGUUGCGGCGGAUGAUGGCGUCAUGCCACAGACUAAAGAAGUUAUUCAGCUUGUCGAGUCGCUGCGCGAGGAAGAAGCAGCGACGUCUGCACGGCGACGCAAAGUCCAAAAUGCAGAUGUAGACCAGCAAGCUGCAAGCAAGAAAGAAGAGGAGGUCGAAGAAUCGACCGAGCGACCGACUGGCUUGCAGCUCGUUGUCGCACUCAACAAGACUGACAAGACCGAUGCAAAUGUAGAGCGAGUCAAGAGCGAAUUGAUGUCGAACGGUGUGCACCUCGAGGAAUAUGGCGGUGAAGUGCCCUGCGUGGAAGUAUCAGGAAAGACGGGGGCUGGUCUCCCACUCCUGGAGGAGACUUUAGCCGCGCUGGCGGAGAUGGCGGAUCUCAGGGCCGAACGCGACGGCAUUCCCGCAGAAGGAUGGGUCGUAGAGUCGCGCACCGACAAAGGACGAGGAAACACCGCAACUGUUCUGGUGAAGCGCGGCAGCCUACGAACCGGGGACUUUGUCAUAGCAGGACAAAGCUGGGCUCGUGUUCGUGCUCUGCUGGACUCUGCAGGAAAGCCAACGAAGAAGCCAGCUUUCCCUGGAGAUGCGGUGGUAGUCACCGGAUGGCGAACGCUUCCGAGCGCUGGGGAUGAGGUUUUGGGUGUAGUGGACGCUUCCGACGGUAGCUCUAACGCCGAGACGCUCGCGAAGCGCGCAGUAGAGACCCGCCAGGCCAUCGAGGAGAGGCGCAAGCUGAUCAAGGAGGCAGAAGGUAUCAACGACGCUCGACGUCUGCGUGCGGAAGAGGAGGAGGCGCAAGCUAGAGCAGCGUACGAAGAGAGAGCAGCGCGAAGACAAGCAAGAUUGGAGGCUUCUGAGCUUGGUCUGACUGCCGAGGAGUACGCAAAGCAAGCGCAACAGGCUCUGGACAAGGCAAAGGCAGCAGGAAAAGAAGCUCUGCCAAAAGAUGAGGUUGAAAGCGAAAAGAAGGAACUUCGACUCAUCGUCCGCGCCGAUUUCUCUGGUACUGUUGAGGCUGUCGUUGGUGCCAUUUCAGGCAUCGGCAAUACAGAAGUAGGCGUCAAGAUCAUAGCGCAGGGCGUUGGUGAUCCUACCGACGGAGACUUGGCCUUAGCUCAAGCAGUGCAAGGUGAGUCAAGAGUGCAUGAGCACUCAUUGCCAAUGCCUGACAUUCGUCUCGCUCACAACUCGUACUCCCGCGCUGCCUUCUAUAGGUCAUAUUCUUGCAUUUAACGUCAAGGCGUCGAAAGCCAUGCAGAACGCUGCUGCGAAGAGUAGUGUCAAGAUUCAGGCAGAUGACGUCAUCUAUCGCCUCAUGUCCUGGGUGUCGGCAGAAGCCUCUGCAUUGCUACCGCCAAGGAUAGAGACGCGCGUGACGGGCGAAGCCAUCAUUGCGCAGAUCUUUAGCAUCGCUGGCAAUCGUCGAACGGCCAGGAACAUCGCGGGUUGCAGAGUCACGAAUGGAAGCAUAACCGCCAACACUCUUGUACGCGUCAUGAGAGAGAGGGGUGGUCGAAAGCAGGACGAAGAGGAGGAUAGGAAAGUGCUUUGGCAGGGAAAGCUGCAAGAGCUCAAGCAUGGCAAGCGCGAAGUUGAUGAGAUCAGGAAGGGCACAGAGUGCGGGAUGAGCUUUGGCGACGCUUUCCAAGACUUCAAGGAGGGCGACAUCAUACAGGCUAUCAAAGAGGUCGAAGUCAGUAGGACUCUCUAG